CAACCUCAUUACUAAGAAGAAUUUCUCCCACAACCAGAGGGGCCAUUGGAGCUGGAAUUACCCAUGGCGGCCUUCACGGGCCAUUCUGCAGAGCCAUGCUACACUCCACAGCCAGAUCCACACUAUGAAUUGAGGCUUCUCAUGGAGAGAUCAUGUUCCAGGAUGGAUCAUUGUGUCCAGGCCUUUCGUGAAACAGAGGAGAUCCUCCUGAGCCUUAAGAAGAGUGUCGAUGAUCUUGAGCGAUCUUUGGCACAACCUGCUCCAGAUCACCCUUCUGCUACUAUACAAGAAGAGGAGGAGGAAGAAGAAGGCUACAAGGACAUUGUGGAGCACACCGAAGUUGUCACGGAGAGCUCCCGUGAUGAUCAUGAUCAGGAGUGUCAUGUCGUAGCCGACCACACCUUCCCACACCCCAAACUGAGCUUUGCAGAGGCGGGCAUGAGUAAGGAGAUGCAAGAAGAUCUCAUGAAAGAAAUUGCUUGGCAACUUGCUCUCCAAUCCGUGCUAGAAGAAGAAGAGCAAGAAAGGGUGCAGAAAGAAGUUGUGGAGGAUGACGAAAGUGAAGCUGGAGGAGUUCUUGAUCAUUUCCCAGGGGUGAUAACACAUGAAGAAGGGAGGUUGAAGAAGCAAUUGGCAUCCAGGCUGAGGACGAAGUUGAGGUGGAAGAGGCUUGCACCGGCCAUGAGUUACAUUUGAUAUCUCCACCAAACUUUGAGGAACUACUUAGCAAGGAUCCAUUUGCAGUGUCUCUUUGCCAUACCAAGGUCACGUCGACAUUGGUCCCUCUUGGUGGACGCGAUGGUGGUCAAUCGAUGUUGUCAUAUCUAGUUUGGGGCAAUGAGAGGAGAGGAGAGAAGAAGAGGUCUCGAGGGUGGAGACUUCAUCUGCAUCAAGUACAUGAGCCUUCAUCACCUGCCACACCACAUGCUCGUGACUUGAGACUCCACCUCAUCGACGAGAACCUCAACUUCAAGGAGGUUUUGGGAUGGACCGAAACUUAGGAGCCAUCGUCCGGCUCAUGACGUGAAAGAAGCGCUUGUUGGGAGGCAACCCAACCAGUCGGUUUGCAUUUCUUUCUCUUUUUCUCCUCGGUUGAGUCAGUUUUUUUUAUUUGAUUUUAGAGUCAAUAACUCAACCUUUGUGAG